AUGGGGGACAAUGGGGUGAACGGGGCCCCAAGGCAGGAGCCAGCCCGGAGCCACCCCCCUGAUUCCUCCUCCUCUUCCUCCUCUUCUCGCUCUUCCUCCUCUUCCUCUUCCUCCUCCUCUUCCUCCUCAUCCUCCUCCGGUGCCCCCCCCCCGGCCGCUUUCCGGCCCCAUUCCCCAAUCCUGGAUAUUUAUGACCCUUUCCACCCGACGGAUGAGGAGAACUCCGCCGGCGACUUUCCCUAUGGAGCAUCCUCUUCCUCCCCGGCCAAAGAGGCCGAAGGGCGCCAGGAUCAGAAGUAUGAUCCCUUCGAUCCCACCGGCUCCAAUCCCAGCUCCUCCCGCAGCAGCCCCAGCCCCGAGGAGGAGGAGGAGGAGGAGGAAGAGGAGGAGGAGGAGGAAGAGGAAGAAGAGGAGGAAGAGGAGGAGGAGGAUGAGGAAGAGCCCCCCCGGCCUGAUGUAUCCCACAGCAUCAGCCGCAUCUCCGAGACCUUGGCCGGGAUCUAUGAUGACAACAGCUUGAGCCAGGACUUUGAGAAGGAGCCGGAGCCGGAGCCUCCUGCUUCCCAAAUCCCUCCCGGCGCCGAUUCCACCCUUCCGGAAGAGGAAGAGGAAGAAGAGGAGGAGGAGGAAGAGGAAGACGACGAAGAGGAAGAGGAGGAGGAAGAGGAAGCGACGGCUCCGACGUCCGGCAGCGUUCCGGAGCCGCGGCGCCGCGUCUUCGUGGUGGAUUUGGCCGGCAAGAAGCAUCCGGAAUGCGACGGGAAGCUGGAAGGGAAGUUAUCCCUGGAAGUGGUGGCUGCUGGGAAUGCCAAAGCCGCGGCACAGGGUCCUGCAUCCCGAGGGACCAAGCGGCACCGGCCCCGGCGCGAGUGGGCUCCGAGCACCGGCGAUUCCGAGAUCGAGGAAGGGGAGAUCGUCCCGCACGAGGACGAGCGCUACAGUCCCCUGCGGCUAUUCCGGAGCUCGGGAAUCGCCUCCGGCGCCGGCUCCGGGCCCCUCCGCGCGCGGGCGCCGGAGCCGCGGGCGCCGCGGGUGCCGGAGGGGGACGAUUUCCUGUCCCUCCAUGCGGAUUCCGAUGAGGAAGGCGACUUCGGAGCCGAGAACCAACCGGAUCCGCGCUGGAAGAACCCAGGCUCCGACCUGCGCCGCAAGAUCCUGAGCCAGCGCCGGCUCCGCGCUCCCCCCUCACCCCAUUCCCCAUCAGCCGCAUCCCGGAAGAAGCCCAAGCGCUCCCGGGAACGCGGCUCCUCCGUGGGAUGGGGGGGGAAGAAGCCCCCGGAGCCCCCCCCCAAGGCCAAGGAGCGGCACCGGCGCCGCGGCUCCCGCUCCCGCUCCCGGCGCCGCUCCUGGUCCCGCGGGCGCCGUUCCCGUUCGCGGGAGAAGCGCCGGCGCUCGGGAAGCGCCUCGCGCCAUUCCCGGCACAAGGACAAGCACCGCGGCGACGGCGCCAAGAAGAAGAAGAAGCAGCAGCAGGCGCCGAGAUCCCGGUCCCGGGAACGCCGCUCGGCGCGCCGGGAAGCGCCGGAGCCCAAGGGGGACAAGGGCGGCGGGCGCCGGGAGGCGCGGGCGGUGGUGCCGCCGUCCAUCCAGGAGCUCAAUGACUCCGACCUCUUUGCCAUCAAGAGGACCAUCACCGUGAGCCGCAGGGAGGGGACGCCGGAGCCGGCCAAGAGGGAGGUGCUCUAUGAUUCCGAAGGGAUGAGCUUCGAGGGUGCCUAUUCCGACCGGGAGCCGCCGGAAGCGCCGGCGCCGCCGCCGCGUGUCGGCAAAGGGGAAGCGGGUGGGAAGAAGGACAAGGAGAGGAAACGGAGCCGAUCCCAGGAGCAGGGGAGCCGGGAGAAGCACAAGAAGAAGCUCAAGGAGACACCAGCUCCGGAGGCCGGGAAGGGGGAGAAGGAAAAGGCUCCACGUGGUGAGCGGGACAAGAGCAGGAAGAGCAAACGGGAAGGGCACCGGGAGAGCACCGGGAAUGCCGCCCGCAAGGUCAAGCUGCAGUCCAAGGUGGCCGUGCUCAUCCGGGAGGGCGUCAGCUCCACCACAGUGCCCAAGGAGAGCGGCUCCGGCUCCAUCGGCAUCAAGUUCAGCCGCGACGCCGAGAGCCGGGCGCCCUUCCUGAAGGGAGGCUCCAAAGCCAUUCCCGAUGGGAAGGGGGCAGCCAAAGGCGCCGUUCCCAAAGAGCCCAAGGGGAAGAAACCCAAAGGCACCAAGGCCAAGAGCGGCCUCAAGAAGCCCAAAGGCGCCGGAGGCAAAGCCAAGAGCGGAGGGGACACCAGGAAGAAGAAGAAGCCCAAAGCCAAAGGGGCCUUGAAGAAGUCCAAAGCCGACAGCUGCAGCCAGGCCGGAGCCAUCCCUGCCCUCCGCUUGCCUCCCAAGCCGGAGCCGGGAGCGGGGGGGAGCCAGGGCUCGGCGGUGCCGCCGGUGCCGCCAUCGGUGCCGCCGGCGGCGCCGGAGCCGGAGGUGACUCCGGAUUCGCAGACGGUCGACAGCAGCUGUAAGACCCCAGAGGUUUCCUUCCUGGCGGAUGAUGGAGCCGGGACCAGCGGGGGGCAUCCCCCCCCCCAUCCCACCCCCAUUGCCAGCGCCGGGAACGGGGGGGCCCUGCCGAUGCUGGAGCCGGGCAGGGCCGAGCCCGAGGCCGACAGCCGCUGCGAUGGAGCCAAGGAGGAAGCGCCGCGGGCGAUGGCGCCGGUGCCAUGGAGCCUCCAAGGGGGGGUGGAUUGUGCCACCAGCGGCGUCUUGGCAUUGACCGCGCUGCUGUUCAAGAUGGAAGAGGCCAACCUGGCCAACAGGGCCAAGGCACAGGAGCUCAUCCAGGCCACGAACCAGAUCCUGAGCCAGACAAAGGCUCCGCCCCCCUUGGUUCCCCCCCAGGCCCUGCCUGUAACCGCCCCCCCCUCGGCCCCCCCCGUGGCUCCCCCAUAUCUGGGGGGGGCCCCCCCCGGAGGGGAUGGGAGGAGGGACAACGGAGAUGGGAGAGGGGACAGUGAGAAGUACCUGAAGAAGCUGCACACACAGGAGCGGGCAGUGGAGGAGGUCAAGUUGGCCAUUAAACCCUAUUACCAGAAGAAGGACAUCACCAAGGACGAGUACAAGGACAUCCUGCGCAAGGCCGUCCAUAAGAUCUGCCAUAGCCGCAGUGGGGAGAUCAACCCGGUCAAGGUCAACAACCUGGUGCGGGCCUAUGUGCAGCGCUACAAGUACUUCCGGAGGAGGAACCGGAGGGGGGGGGGGCCCCGAGGAGAUGCCCCCCCCCCCCCACCAGCAUCCCCCCCCCCUCCAGCGCCGGUUUAG